CCUAAUUAAAACGGAUAGUUACACAAACGCUAGACACGUAUAAUUCACAGUUCCACGGAAUAUUCUUUAAGCAGCGCGGACAGUCGAUAACACUAGUAUUUUGGCGUGAAUGCGGAAGGGGAAGCAAGUUUUUGUGUUACAUUUAACUAGGUCCGCUGCAACACGGCGUCGUUCACUGCCUCUGGCGUUGCAACUUAUAUCAACAAAUAAGAUAUACUGACCGACAUGCUUUUUUUUUCGGACAUAUUUCGCCAUUUUUGAAGGGACUCUAUAUGUGAAAGCGAGAAAUAUUCGGCGUCAUCAGAUACAGAGGCGGAACCAUUGAAACACGACCGAGGACAGUUUCUGUUGCCAUGGUGAUAGAUAGUGGUCGGAAGCUGAACUUUUUACCAUAUUUAUCCCUCACAGCAGAAGAGUUCUAUGUUCAUCAGCGUCAUCGCAAGAUGAGACACUGAAGAAGUGAGGAGAUAGAAGUGGAAAUGGCUCUCUGCCUCUUGGAUUGUCUCAAAGCUACUGGGCUUCAGCAGCACUAUGAAAGUCUCCUUCUCAUCUUUUGCAAGGUUUACUUCAAUGGGGGUCUGUCGAGCUGCACAUCUUUCGACAGUGACCAUGCAAGACUAUCCCACCCUGGGAAUAUGCAGCAUGAAGGACAGGAUCCAUCUUUUCCAUUUAAUUCAGUUCAUCAAAAGUCUUGACUUGGAAAACCCUGAAUACAGCGAUGCUGCAGAAGAGACUGAUGCCAGCAAGAAAUGUUUGACACGUGAGGCGUAUAAGAAACUGUCUUUUUGCAUCAAACGUCUGGACUCUGGCAAGGAAUCCUUCGAUUCUCCCACUAAGCAUGAUUUUAAUCACAGAAAGGAAAAGCCCGUGAGCCGUAAAAUAUGUUCGCCAUUGGUCCAACCCAAUGUACAGCUGGUGUACAACAAUGAGGCUGAUGUGUACAGCUAUUGUUACACCAGUCCAAGCUUAACAAAGGGAAGUUCUCACUCGAACAGAGUGCCGGAUAAAACUGCAGCUUCCAAAAAGUUGAGCCUCCCUCUGAUCAGAUGCAAAAGAAAAAUAUUAAGGAUACGACAAUUCAACCCAAAACUGGUUUAUGAAUCGCUGCCAAUGAAUGGGUACAACUAUGGACUUCCUCUCAGCAACCCUGUUGUUAACAAGGAAAAAAGAGCAGGGGAGCAGCGGAUAAAGGUGUGUGUGAGGAAGAAACCUCUCAUGUAUGAAGAGAGCCAGACAGGAGAGACAGAUGUUGUCACUGUCGCAAAUGGAGACUGUGUGAUCGUCCACGAGAGCAAAGAAGCAUGUGAUUUAACACCAUAUACACAGCUGCACAAGUUUUACUUUGACCAGGUUUUUGGAGAGGAAAGUACCAAUGAGGAUGUGUAUCUGAAAACAGCCUACCCUCUGGUCCGGCACACACUGAAUGGUGGCCAGUCCACCUGCUUUGCUUAUGGACAGACUGGUGCCGGGAAGACUCACACCAUGUUGGGUUGUGCACCCGGGAGCCUGGGUUUGUACACUUUGGCAGUUCGGGACAUCUUUGCUCACCUCUCCACCCUGCAGACACCAUGUCCCUUGACUGUGUACGUCAGCUUCUUUGAGAUCUACUGUGGUCACCUGUAUGACCUGUUGGACCACAGGAAAAGGUUAUAUUCCAGAGAGGAUGGGAGGAAGGUGGUCCACAUCGCAGGUCUGGCUGAGGUCAGAGUUGACUCUGAGCACGCGCUUCUGCAGGUGAUCACUCAUGGCACAGAGUUACGCACUCAGGGGGUGAGUGGUGUGAAUCCUCAGUCCUCUCGCUCGCAUGCGUUGCUUCAGAUUCAGCUGCGACAUCCAGAUCAGCUGAGGGCUGGCAGGAUGUGGUUUGUGGACCUAGCAGGAAGCGAGAGGGCAUCAGACAGCCAAAAACAAACAAACAGGCAGAGUCGCAUGGAAGGAGCCGAGAUCAAUCAGAGUCUGCUGGCUCUAAAGGAGUGCAUCAGGUCACUUGAUCAGGAGCAGUCGCACACGCCCUUCAGGCAAAGCAAACUUACUCAGGUUUUGAAAGACUCGUUUCUUGGUGAUGCAAUGACGUGCAUGAUCGCCAAUAUUUCACCUCGUCUGUCGGCGACGGAGCACACGCUCAACACACUAAGAUAUGCUGAUCGUGUGAAAGAGUUGAGGAGAAGAAAAGUUGCAAGAGCACGAAACUCUGCUUCUAAAUGUAUCAUGACUAACAGCAAGAGUGGACUCACCAGUGCUGCUACCAAACAGAUAAGGCCUUCACAAAGGUCAAACAAGUGGGCCUUUGACCAAGACCAAAAAAACUCUGGGGUUCUCAGAUCCUCACCACUGACGGUAAAUCAGACUGUGAAACGAGGAACUGGAUGUGAGCAGAUACCACCAGUCCAGACUUUGUCUGGAGUAAGUAAAGUGAUGAAUAAGAGGGAGUGUGAAGAGAAGGAAGAGGCAGACAACAGACAACAGAAACACCUUUUCUCUAGUCAGAAGUUCGGUCAGCACCACCAACUGCACAAUGAAGGAUCAAGAACAAAAAGAGAAUGCAGAAGAAUAAUGGACCCAGAGGCAGUCCACAGUGUCAAAAAGACAGAUGAAGAGAAUGAACGUUUGAGAUUGUAUCAUCACCAACUUCAGGAGUUUGUUCCGUCGUCCGCCAUGUCCUCCCCAAAACAGUCUUCACUGUCUUCGUCUCUUCGUUCAUCGAAGAGCUGCUCUUCACAGCAAUUUAUCCAAGAUGCUUUAAAAUCAAACAGAAAAGGUUGUGACAAAAGGGAGGAGGUUUCUCGCCAAAAUGAUACUUUAACUGUUAAAGUCCUGUCAAAAGAGGGUCCUAGAGCUGUUUGGGAAGAAAUGAAGGUGUUGGGAGUGGAAGAAGAGAGAAGUGAGAAUGGAAGAGCUCCAGAAAAAGCCUCAGGAAUACAAGAUCAUCUUGAUAUGGAGAAGGGCAAGACAAGACGGGUUCAGGGUUGUGAUUCAACUGCAGCCUCUUCCACAUCUAAAAAAAGCAGCAGUUAUCCCACUGUUGAACCAGUGUCUCUGCAAACUGCCGCCGAACGACCCCUUUCUCCUGUUUCUUCGUCUAAACACACCUUACACCUGAUGACAAAUGCUAGUCCUGGAUGUGUUCCCUCCUUUACAAGAUUACAAAAAGGCAAACAGGAACCAAGCCCAUGUGUCAGCAGAGAGAAGCGGCGUUUUUGUGUUGAUAAUCUCCGUGUUUCAUCUCCCCUCUGUACUGCUCUCACUCAGGAUAUAUGUGGGUUACAUAGUGAGACUGUGAUAACAUCAGCAGACCUUCAGAUUCUCAACAAGAUGACGGCUGGAGAAAAACAUGCUGCUCAGGGGAGAACUUAUACUUUGCCAGAGACAUCUAACUAUGCCACUGACCCACCAAGCAUCUCUAUGCCAGCAGAUCAGCAGGUUGCUCCAGCAAAACUCAACCGCACGUUCUCCUUUUCUGACUCUGAAGAAGAGCAGAUAAACAACAAAGCUCCUGACCAUGAUGUGGACUUGUGUCUCGAGGAGGCAUCGCAAGCUACAACCAAAAGUUCUCCUUGCUCACCGACAUCUUCAGGAACUUAUAGCGUGGCACACAAGAACUGUCCUACUUCAAAACACUAUAAAAUAGGUGUGAAAUAUGAAGAUCACAACUCAGAAUCAUCGACCAGCCGCCAGAGUUGCAGAUCAAUGGCUAACUUACUAACAAGCAGAGACUCUGGAUUUUCAAGCCAUUAUGACAAUGGAUGUGAUGCCACAGGAGCCACGCAGAGUUGCGCCCCAGUGCACCACCAAAAGCGUGAGACACAUGGUCCCAGAAAAUCUGCUCCAUCUGUUCGUAUAAACAGUCCUUUGGAGUCCAACAUCAACAUUCAGGAAAAGAAGCACACAAAGUCAUCGACCAUGGUUCAAGCUCAAUGCCAUAUUGUCCAGGCCCAUGUGACGCAGCUGAAAGAGAUGGAGGUUCUAUCUCAAAAGGAUGAGGAGCUCUUGAGCCAGCGAGAGAAUAUGUCAUUUGGAUUCUACAUUCAGAAGCUGGAGGACAUCAUGAAGAAAAAAGCACAGUGUGUCCACAACAUGAGAUACAAGCUGCAGCCUUACUUAUAAACCAAAGACUGUUUAUUUAUUGAAGGGUGCCGUUUGCAGGCACUAAUUUGAAUAUUCAUUGAUUUGUUUAUAUGAAAUUAUUUGUCAUGUGGAAAUGUUUUGUAAACUAAAGUCAAGUCAGUGUUUUACUUGGAAUGAAACUGUUUUGAGAGUUUUCUAUCUUCAGCCCUCAGUUCAACCACAAAAUGGAGACUUCUCAAG